CCUGCCCCUCUUCUUCACCAAUGAACGGGCAAAUUUACAAGCGGUAACGCGUUUCACUAUGGCCGAGACGGACAGUGACAGUUAGCGAACGAAAUGUUGCUGACAAAACGCUGAAGAUCUGCUAAAUGCAACGUUGGUACCCAAACGAGAAAAUAUUUUCUUCGAUCCUACUAAAUGCAGGCGGUUUGUUAGUAAACGUCGCUGGGACUGAAGCUACCGGCUACAGCUAACUUAGAGAUCUGCUUAUCGGAACGGCGAUAACGCGCGACCUUUUUGGAGUAAAGACUGAUUUAAGAACCGCGCGACCGACCGGGAUACGAACCAUGGCAACCGCAUCACUCGGGAAAGGGCCCGAGCGCACUUUUCAUCAUUUGUGUUCUUCUGCCCUUUUUGGAGAAUAUUUAAUCGGCUAGUUUUUUUUAUGUGGUUUACAGCAUUGUACAACCUUUUGUUAGUAAUUGAGCUGUUUUUGUAAGCAAUUAUUUGUAGUGCGUCUCACUCGGGAUAUGGAUAUUUGGACUUGGUUGCGUUAAAGGGACCCGCUGCCUGCCUGUCCAUCAUUAUGGAUCAAGAUGAGAACCAAGAACCAUGCGAACCCCCUAUGCAUGCCCUUCACGGGCCUAACCGGAUACGGCCGUCAUCGUACCGGGCUCUGCGAAGUGCGGUGUCCAGCCUGGCAAGAAUUGACGAUUUUUGUUGUGAAAAAAUCGGUUCCGGGUUCUUCUCAGAAGUCUUCAAGGUGCAGCACAGGAUCACAGGGCAGGUGAUGGCUCUGAAGAUGAAUACAAUGGCCAGUAACAAAGCCAACAUGCUGAGAGAGGUGCAACUCAUGAACCGCCUUUGCCACCCUAACAUCCUCAGGUUUUUGGGGGUGUGUGUUCAUGAAGGACAGCUUCAUGCUCUUACGGAGUACAUAAAUGGGGGCAACCUUGAGCAGCUGCUGGACAGUGACAUAUAUCUGUCAUGGAGUGUGAGGAUAGGUCUGUCUCUGGACAUUGCAAGAGGGCUGCAGUAUCUACACAGCAAGGGCAUUUUCCACCGAGAUCUUACAUCAAAGAAUUGUCUGGUGCGUUGUGACAGUGGUGUUUUUACCGCUGUGGUUGGGGACUUUGGACUGGCAGAGAAAAUCCCUGAUUACAGUGACGGUGUUGAGAAGCAGCCGUUGGCUGUUGUGGGCUCCCCCUACUGGAUGGCUCCAGAAAUGUUAAGAGGAGAGCUGUACAAUGAGAAGGUGGAUGUUUUUUCCUAUGGUAUAAUCCUUUGUGAGAUUAUUGCUCGAAUUGAGGCUGACCCAGAUAUCCUCCCACGAACAGAGGAUUUUGGACUGGAUGUGGACGCCUUUGAGCAAAUGGUGGGAGACUGUCCACCUUCAUUCCUUCACCUGGCUUACAAUUGCUGCAGUAUGAGUGCAGACAGUCGUCUUGCCUUCUCUGAAAUAGUACUUACACUUGAGAGGAUAGAGAGAGAGAGGAAGAUGAGUGAGGUUCCAGUCAUCCUAGAACCCAUUGCCAUUGACGUCAGCCCGUAUAGGAGGAGAAGCUCGCCAUGCCAUCCCGGUGACCAGCGCCUGUCCCGUAGUCAGUCAGACGUAUUGCCUCCUGCCGCAUCACCAUGUUUAGGCACACCUGCACGGGUCAACCCAUUCUCUCUUCGCCAAGACCUCAACGGUGGUCGUAUCAAGCUCUUCGAUACCCCUAGCAAAUCUGUCAUCUCUCUUACCUUUACCCUUCCACCUCCAGACCCCUGUGCCUCCCCACCACUAAACAGGAGCUCGGGGCUCCGAGGACCCCCUCGAAGGUGUCGCUCCCUGCCGUGCACCCCCGAGCUGGGGCGACAGCUGCCUUUCCGAGACCAAGAGGGCCAGGAAGAGGAGGAAGGGACUGAAGAACUAAGAGAUGGAGUAAAAGAGAAAGAGGUGGAAGUCCGGCAAGAUGCGGUGGAGGGCUCAGGCCUGAUUCUAGACUUAGAUAUGGUGUCUUUAGACAGGGUAGAAGAGGAAGAGGAAGAUGACGAUGUGGAGAAGGAGGGCCUGAGCCUCACAGAGCCCAUGGACUGUAGCAGCUCGCCCGACACGGCAGAAGGAAACGUGUCAGGGAAGCGGCUUAUCUGCGGUUCUUCUUAUUCCUCGUCCUUGCAGUCUAAUGGUUGGGCUACACCCAUCUCUAACGGUCCACCGUUAUUACCUCCCCUUCCCCGUUUGGACAAUAACAAUGGACUGCUGAGGCCUGGGCGGCCAAUGGCGUGGGCAAGACUGAAUGGAUACCGAGGCCCCGCCCCGGAGCCUUUACCUCCCACUAACGAACAAGACGAUGUCAUUUCUUGUCCAGGCUGCUGUCUGGCUGGGUUCAGCUUCCCUUCCAUGUGCCUACGUAGAGCUCCUCCCUCGCGCCGUGGACCUCCGCGAAGACCGUACAGGAACUUCAACGGAGGGGAAGCAUCUGCAGCGACAGCAAAGGGACUGCUCUGUCGGGGAGCAACGGGUCUGGCUCCAUCCACAGCUACUUGUGAGCCAGGGUUACCACUACCAGAGGCCCAAACCUAAAGAUCGCUACUGUGACAUCACAGAAACUGCAAUGCCACACAGUCAGGCCGCAUCUAAGAUGUCAGUGCGGCUAUCUUACUGGAUGCAGUGCGGGUUGAAGCAUUGAAUUAAAGGGAUUUUUCACCCAAAAAUAUAAAUUCUGUGAUUUACUCACGCUGAUGUUGUUCCAAACCUGUAUGACUGAUUUUAUUCUGUGGAACACAAUGUUUUGAAAAAUGCCACACUGCGUUUUGGCUAUACGGUCAAAGUCAUUUCAUUGUGUGGAUGUUUAAAACAUUCUAAAAAUACAUCUUCUUUCUAUUUUACAGAAUAAAUAAAGUCAUACAGUUUUUGACAUGAGGGGGAGUAAAUAAUGACAAUCUUUUAGAGCUACACAAUAUGUAAAAAAAAAAAAAAGAAAGAAAA